ACAACCCAGAGGGACGUGUGCAGCAGCAUAGCGUGACACCUGCUGCUGUAGCGUCAGUGCCGAGGAGCGCGUUGCCAUCUCCCGCUCCCCCUAGCCCACCGCAACUGGUGGAAACAUGCAGGCAGCAUUAGACACCCGCUGCCCCGUGUGCCUGGACAACUGGGACAGCGCAGCAUACACCAUGCCGUGCUGCCACCAGUUCUGCUUCCCCUGCAUCCAGCGGUGGACUAGCACCAGGCCACAGUGUCCGCUUUGCAAGCAGGCUGUGGAGUCCAUCAUCCACACGGUGCAAGCGGACAACAACUACGAGGAGCUGGUCCUCAGACCAGCUGCCGCGGCGUCCGUCGCCACACAGAGCCCCGCAGGCCCCCGCGCAGCCCGGCCUUGGCCUGCAGUGCCCAGGAGUCCUCUGGGUGGCCUCUCCUCUGCCACCUGGGCUUCCCUUUUCCGGGAGCACCCGGCCCUGCUGCAGCCCCUGCGCUCCUGGCUGCAGCGGAAGCUGCGCCACAUCCUGGGCACUGAGGAGCCACACGCAAAUACGCUGGCCGACAGUGUCAUCUCGGCCCUGCGCCUCGUUGGCCUGGAGGAGGAGAUCCUGAGAGAAAGGCUGGAUCUCCACCUGCGGGGCCACACACGGAACUUCAUAAGGCAGUUCAUCGCCUUCGCUGUGCACAGGUGCGGCAGGGAGGCCCACCGCCUGCUGGGCUUCAACGUCGCCCCUGCUGCUGGGGCACGGGAUGCCGCUGCAUCAGAGCCCAGAGCUGCCCCACAAGACGAGGCUCCUGGCCCUGGCCCAGCACCCUCCAGCAGCCGCGCCAGCUCCAACACGGGGGGAAUGCCGGGCACUUCAGGAGAAGUGCUCCAUGGGAGUCCCAGCCGCCUCCAUCCCAACCCUGUGACGUCCCAUCAGGAGCCAGGACAGGCUGUGACAGGGCCCUCCGCCACCAGCCUACCUCAGCGGCCACGGCGAGCCCCAAAGAGGAAGGCCAGCGACUGCCAGGCCUCAGAGCCACCAAACAAGAGGCCACCCCGCCGGCAGGAAUAGACCAGGGGCAGGCAGAGCUGAGGGGACUGGGGCCGCGCAGCAGCUGGGACACACGACGGCCCCAGUGGACCCUUGUCAUCCGUGUCCAAUUCCACCAUGGAAAUAAAGUAGAAAGAAACACUGCAAAAAUACGUGUUGGUAUUGCUAACGGCACAGGGGGUGUUGCUUCCCCAUCCUUGACGCUCCCUCCCCUUUUUCCUGCUGCCAUGCCACUGCUGCGUUCCACACAGGAACCCCACGGGAUUCGGAGAGGGGAAGCGCAAAUUUCAGCAGCACCUGGGGGGGAACAUCCCCAGGGCGCGCUACGGCUGGGGUCAGCCAGCUGGAGCAGACCUAGGAGUCCUGCUGGACGCCAGGCUGAACCAGCAGGGAGCCCAGGACGCCCUGGCAAAUGGUGUCCUGGGCUGCACGAGGCCGGGUGCAACCGGCAGCUGAAGGGCGGUUAUCCUGUCCCUCUGCUCAGCUCAGAGGAGGCCGCAGCUCUGGACCAGAGCUGGGCUCCCCAGCGCAAGGGAGACCGGGUGUUGUCGUUCAUUUUGCAUGUCCAUAGCCCUGGGACGGCAAGCGGUCCCUGUCCCAUCUGCUCCGGGGGACUGGGCUUGGUGGGAUGUGGCGUAUCUGGAGGGGUGGAGGGCUCGCUGUGAGGAGCAGGCUUUGUUCCCAGCCUUGGAGAGGAGCCCGAUCUCCCCCCGCGUGUGACAUGUCCUCCAGUAUCUGCAUCACAAUCUGCACACGGCCUCUACAUUAUUAUGUGUGGGGUUUUUUGGGUUUUUUGUUAAUUACAAUUUGACACUGCCCCUGUGACACGCGUCAUCCGUUCCUUCCUGGCUGCCGUGGGGAGGUUAACAACAGGAACACCGGAUGAACACCCAAAAACACAUAAGGAAUUCAAGGGAGAAGCUGGAAGCCUGUUUAAAAAUCACCUUCUGUCAAAUUAGCAACUCCCCCUGGCGUGUACCUUUCCAUGUCCACGCCACGUUGCGUACCAGAUCUACCACAUAGGUAUUGCCAUCAGUGUCUUUAGUUUACCAUACAUACAUCCAGCUCCGGAGAGCAGAGUGGCAAACUUAAUAAAGGCCCAGUCCGUUCUGAGUAUAAAAAAACCUAAUUAUUUCCCAAAUAUGAUAUCGGAACGCAAGAUAACACAAUAUUACACAAUAUAAUGGGAAUUGAAGCUAAUACCUCCAAUGAGAUGAGAGAGGGAGUGUCCAAAACCAAAGGCCUUACUCUAACGCUGAAGGCAAGACCGCUAGGGAGCACACACGCACUUGCAGAGAUGAGCAGGAAAAGAAAAGGGGCUGUCUCGUGACUUCCCCUCUGAACGGAAAACAGAAAGGAAACAGCAAAGGUCUUCUGGGAGAUGCAGUUCUUCUUCGCUCCUGAGAACCCGGAUGUAGCAACAAUCCACGGAACUGCACCACUAACUCUUCAACUCCCAGUGCACUCGUCCCCCAUACAGUAAAUGAAGAAGUUGGAAGGCCUUACACAAACUGCUCAAAUCUGUUACUAAAACAGAAAGCUGCGUCAAGAAAAGCAUGGGCUGAGCUUUCAGAGUUACACCUUUAUUCGUUCAGGUAAGUAAGAGCUAGGAAGCGUACGUAACAACCCGUGUGUGGCUUCUCUGGAUGUCUUUCCCCCGUGCUACUCUUGAGAUUCACCACAACGCUUAAUUCUGAUUUGUGAGUAGAUGGGAACCUGGACUGCCUUGAAAAGAGAGUCUUCAUAACACCGUCCUGUGGGUUAGACCUGUUUCAGAUUGGGUGUACAAAACUGCAUGGAAAUCCCCGAGUGUUUUUCUGUUGUUCAGGUGACAUGGAUCCCAAGUGCAGAGUUCGAUUAUGGUCAACCAAGUGCCAGUAACAGAUGAUUGACAGGUAAGUAUGCGCCACAUACAGCAACUAAGCACUUCAAUCCUGCCUUUAAGCAACACAGCAUGAACAGUUUUUCCUUGCAACAACGAGUAUGUGCUCUUAAAGGGAAGACAUAUAUAUAAAACAUACAUGAAAAUAUAUAACGUAUAUAGAAAAAUAAUUAAUGACAAAGUAUGUUCUGUUGGUUACAGUUUCGUCAUGCUUUUAUGAUUUGUUAUCGGCCUGCCACAUCUUAGCAUCACGUAGUGCACUGGGAGUGAAAGAGUUGAUGCUGCAGUUCCCUGGACUCUGGAUAGUCCCGGUGUCCUGGUCUCAGAAGAGAAGAAGGACCUACAGCUCCUAGAAGACUUCAUUACUCUGUUUCCAUUUCUUGUUCAGAGGGAAAGAUAGAACUGACCGGCAGUCACGAGACUGCCUUUUUCUUUUCACCCGCUUACUCUGUGUGCUCCAGUGCAACUCUGAGUCCAGCCAGUUUAAAAGUGGUACUUCCCGUAACCACAACAUUGGAGGAAAGAAGGUCAGAAAAGACACUGGAAUCUGUGCCAGCAGUGGAUCUCGUGCCCACACAAGAAAGACCUGCUUCCCUUCCAUCUCUCUCCCCGUGUACAACCGUGGCUAUUGAUCAGCCCAGAGGUGGUAAACGAAUGAUUAGUGGUACCAAGGCAGGCUGAUCACAGGUCCAUACGGAAGCUGAGAAUUUGAUAGACCUGUCUUGCAGAAACAGCCCAGUGGUAUUUCCUUAAUGCUUCUCUUCUUCUUGAGAAUAACUCUUUUUCUGAAAUACAACUCUUUCCUAAGUCGGUCAUCACCUAAGACCUCAGCACUGAUGGCCAUCACCGUGACACGCAGGUACCAGUUCUAGGACGCCUGCGGUUUACUCAACAAGAACAGAAAGGAGGGGAUCAAAAACGAUGUCACCAAGCAACGCUCUUCCCCUUCACAGAAUCACUAAGGUUGGAAAAGACCUCUGAGAUCAUCAAAUCCCACUAUCAGAGAGAAACACGAGCUUUUAUUGAAUACACCUUCUUGCUGGACAUGCCUGCGGCUGUGUGCCACGGCCAGAGCGACCCGAUGGGGCCCACGGGAAGAUGUGGCCAAGGCCCCGGUGAUUGGUGUGAAACCCUGAUGCCAAGCACACGAGAUGUGGGGAAUGGAGCGGGCAGCGGCACCGGGAAAAGCCCAGAAACUCGUGCAACUUGUGCUGGCGCUGGGGCACGUGCUGCAGGUGAGGACGGCUCAUUGUGAUGACCCAGCAAUGGACUGCGGCAUCACUGCGCGAUGGGCAGCGACGUCCCCAAGUGAAGGGCGAAUAAAGGUGACGCCCAGCAGCUUGGCCAAGCCAUGCUUUGAGACAUCUCCAGGCAACGGAUUGUGAUUCCAUAGCCCACGGAUGAUGCUUCGUCGUGGGAGCAGCGGCUCAGCCCGGCAGUUCGUGCCUGGCCUCCGACCGAGCGUGUGCGCGAGGACUGGAGUGUGGACAGUGCGAGCUUUGGUGCUGGAACGUGCUCUGGGUGCUGCUAGCGCAGCUCCCAGUGGCCGUCUCAGAGCCAUUUGUUCUUUACCCCGACCCUGCUGGGAGCAGGCAGACGGGACAACCCAGAGGGACGUGUGCAGCAGCAUAGCGUGACACCUGCUGCUGUAGCGUCAGUGCCGAGGAGCGCGUUGCCAUCUCCCGCUCCCCCUAGCCCACCGCAACUGGUGGAAACAUGGAGGCAGCAUUAGACACCCGCUGCCCCGUGUGCCUGGACAACUGGGACAGCGCAGCAUACACCAUGCCGUGCUGCCACCAGUUCUGCUUCCCCUGCAUCCAGCGGUGGACUAGCACCAGGCCACAGUGUCCGCUUUGCAAGCAGGCUGUGGAGUCCAUCAUCCACACGGUGCAAGCGGACAACAACUACGAGGAGCUGGUCCUCAGACCAGCUGCCGCGGCGUCCGUCGCCACACAGAGCCCCGCAGGCCCCCGCGCAGCCCGGCCUUGGCCUGCAGUGCCCAGGAGUCCUCUGGGUGGCCUCUCCUCUGCCACCUGGGCUUCCCUUUUCCGGGAGCACCCGGCCCUGCUGCAGCCCCUGCGCUCCUGGCUGCAGCGGAAGCUGCGCCACAUCCUGGGCACUGAGGAGCCACACGCAAAUACGCUGGCCGACAGUGUCAUCUCGGCCCUGCGCCUCGUUGGCCUGGAGGAGGAGAUCCUGAGAGAAAGGCUGGAUCUCCACCUGCGGGGCCACACACGGAGCUUCAUAAGGCAGUUCAUCGCCUUCGCUGUGCACAGGUGCGGCAGGGAGGCCCACCGCCUGCUGGGCUUCAACGUCGCCCCUGCUGCUGGGGCACGGGAUGCCGCUGCAUCAGAGCCCAGAGCUGCCCCACAAGACGAGGCUCCUGGCCCUGGCCCAGCACCCUCCAGCAGCCGCGCCAGCUCCAACACGGGGGGAAUGCCGGGCACUUCAGGAGAAGUGCUCCAUGGGAGUCCCAGCCGCCUCCAUCCCAACCCUGUGACGUCCCAUCAGGAGCCAGGACAGGCUGUGACAGGGCCCUCCGCCACCAGCCUACCUCAGCGGCCACGGCGAGCCCCAAAGAGGAAGGCCAGCGACUGCCAGGCCUCAGAGCCACCAAACAAGAGGCCACCCCGCCGGCAGGAAUAGACCAGGGGCAGGCAGAGCUGAGGGGACUGGGGCCGCGCAGCAGCUGGGACACACGACGGCCCCAGUGGACCCUUGUCAUCCGUGUCCAAUUCCACCAUGGAAAUAAAGUAGAAAGAAACACUGCAAAAAUACGUGUUGGUAUUGCUAACGGCACAGGGGGUGUUGCUUCCCCAUCCUUGACGCUCCCUCCCCUUUUUCCUGCUGCCAUGCCACUGCUGCGUUCCACACAGGAACCCCACGGGAUUCGGAGAGGGGAAGCGCAAAUUUCAGCAGCACCUGGGGGGGAACAUCCCCAGGGCGCGCUACGGCUGGGGUCAGCCAGCUGGAGCAGACCUAGGAGUCCUGCUGGACGCCAGGCUGAACCAGCAGGGAGCCCAGGACGCCCUGGCAAAUGGUGUCCUGGGCUGCACGAGGCCGGGUGCAACCGGCAGCUGAAGGGCGGUUAUCCUGUCCCUCUGCUCAGCUCAGAGGAGGCCGCAGCUCUGGACCAGAGCUGGGCUCCCCAGCGCAAGGGAGACCGGGUGUUGUCGUUCAUUUUGCAUGUCCAUAGCCCUGGGACGGCAAGCGGUCCCUGUCCCAUCUGCUCCGGGGGACUGGGCUUGGUGGGAUGUGGCGUAUCUGGAGGGGUGGAGGGCUCGCUGUGAGGAGCAGGCUUUGUUCCCAGCCUUGGAGAGGAGCCCGAUCUCCCCCCGCGUGUGACAUGUCCUCCAGUAUCUGCAUCACAAUCUGCACACGGCCUCUACAUUAUUAUGUGUGGGGUUUUUUGGGUUUUUUGUUAAUUACAAUUUGACACUGCCCCUGUGACACGCGUCAUCCGUUCCUUCCUGGCUGCCGUGGGGAGGUUAACAACAGGAACACCGGAUGAACACCCAAAAACACAUAAGGAAUUCAAGGGAGAAGCUGGAAGCCUGUUUAAAAAUCACCUUCUGUCAAAUUAGCAACUCCCCCUGGCAUGUACCUUUCCAUGUCCACGCCACGUUGCGUACCAGAUCUACCACAUAGGUAUUGCCAUCAGUGUCUUUAGUUUACCAUACAUACAUCCAGCUCCGGAGAGCAGAGUGGCAAACUUAAUAAAGGCCCAGUCCGUUCUGAGUAUAAAAAAACCUAAUUAUUUCCCAAAUAUGAUAUCGGAACGCAAGAUAACACAAUAUUACACAAUAUAAUGGGAAUUGAAGCUAAUACCUCCAAUGAGAUGAGAGAGGGAGUGUCCAAAACCAAAGGCCUUACUCUAACGCUGAAGGCAAGACCGCUAGGGAGCACACACGCACUUGCAGAGAUGAGCAGGAAAAGAAAAGGGGCUGUCUCGUGACUUCCCCUCUGAACGGAAAACAGAAAGGAAACAGCAAAGGUCUUCUGGGAGAUGCAGUUCUUCUUCGCUCCUGAGAACCCGGAUGUAGCAACAAUCCACGGAACUGCACCACUAACUCUUCAACUCCCAGUGCACUCGUCCCCCAUACAGUAAAUGAAGAAGUUGGAAGGCCUUACACAAACUGCUCAAAUCUGUUACUAAAACAGAAAGCUGCGUCAAGAAAAGCAUGGGCUGAGCUUUCAGAGUUACACCUUUAUUCGUUCAGGUAAGUAAGAGCUAGGAAGCGUACGUAACAACCCGUGUGUGGCUUCUCUGGAUGUCUUUCCCCCGUGCUACUCUUGAGAUUCACCACAACGCUUAAUUCUGAUUUGUGAGUAGAUGGGAACCUGGACUGCCUUGAAAAGAGAGUCUUCAUAACACCGUCCUGUGGGUUAGACCUGUUUCAGAUUGGGUGUACAAAACUGCAUGGAAAUCCCCGAGUGUUUUUCUGUUGUUCAGGUGACAUGGAUCCCAAGUGCAGAGUUCGAUUAUGGUCAACCAAGUGCCAGUAACAGAUGAUUGACAGGUAAGUAUGCGCCACAUACAGCAACUAAGCACUUCAAUCCUGCCUUUAAGCAACACAGCAUGAACAGUUUUUCCUUGCAACAACGAGUAUGUGCUCUUAAAGGGAAGACAUAUAUAUAAAACAUACAUGAAAAUAUAUAACGUAUAUAGAAAAAUAAUUAAUGACAAAGUAUGUUCUGUUGGUUACAGUUUCGUCAUGCUUUUAUGAUUUGUUAUCGGCCUGCCACAUCUUAGCAUCACGUAGUGCACUGGGAGUGAAAGAGUUGAUGCUGCAGUUCCCUGGACUCUGGAUAGUCCCGGUGUCCUGGUCUCAGAAGAGAAGAAGGACCUACAGCUCCUAGAAGACUUCAUUACUCUGUUUCCAUUUCUUGUUCAGAGGGAAAGAUAGAACUGACCGGCAGUCACGAGACUGCCUUUUUCUUUUCACCCGCUUACUCUGUGUGCUCCAGUGCAACUCUGAGUCCAGCCAGUUUAAAAGUGGUACUUCCCGUAACCACAACAUUGGAGGAAAGAAGGUCAGAAAAGACACUGGAAUCUGUGCCAGCAGUGGAUCUCGUGCCCACACAAGAAAGACCUGCUUCCCUUCCAUCUCUCUCCCCGUGUACAACCGUGGCUAUUGAUCAGCCCAGAGGUGGUAAACGAAUGAUUAGUGGUACCAAGGCAGGCUGAUCACAGGUCCAUACGGAAGCUGAGAAUUUGAUAGACCUGUCUUGCAGAAACAGCCCAGUGGUAUUUCCUUAAUGCUUCUCUUCUUCUUGAGAAUAACUCUUUUUCUGAAAUACAACUCUUUCCUAAGUCGGUCAUCACCUAAGACCUCAGCACUGAUGGCCAUCACCGUGACACGCAGGUACCAGUUCUAGGACGCCUGCGGUUUACUCAACAAGAACAGAAAGGAGGGGAUCAAAAACGAUGUCACCAAGCAACGCUCUUCCCCUUCACAGAAUCACUAAGGUUGGAAAAGACCUCUGAGAUCAUCAAAUCCCACUAUCAGAGAGAAACACGAGCUUUUAUUGAAUACACCUUCUUGCUGGACAUGCCUGCGGCUGUGUGCCACGGCCAGAGCGACCCGAUGGGGCCCACGGGAAGAUGUGGCCAAGGCCCCGGUGAUUGGUGUGAAACCCUGAUGCCAAGCACACGAGAUGUGGGGAAUGGAGCGGGCAGCGGCACCGGGAAAAGCCCAGAAACUCGUGCAACUUGUGCUGGCGCUGGGGCACGUGCUGCAGGUGAGGACGGCUCAUUGUGAUGACCCAGCAAUGGACUGCGGCAUCACUGCGCGAUGGGCAGCGACGUCCCCAAGUGAAGGGCGAAUAAAGGUGACGCCCAGCAGCUUGGCCAAGCCAUGCUUUGAGACAUCUCCAGGCAACGGAUUGUGAUUCCAUAGCCCACGGAUGAUGCUUCGUCGUGGGAGCAGCGGCUCAGCCCGGCAGUUCGUGCCUGGCCUCCGACCGAGCGUGUGCGCGAGGACUGGAGUGUGGACAGUGCGAGCUUUGGUGCUGGAACGUGCUCUGGGUGCUGCUAGCGCAGCUCCCAGUGGCCGUCUCAGAGCCAUUUGUUCUUUACCCCGACCCUGCUGGGAGCAGGCAGACGGGACAACCCAGAGGGACGUGUGCAGCAGCAUAGCGUGACACCUGCUGCUGUAGCGUCAGUGCCGAGGAGCGCGUUGCCAUCUCCCGCUCCCCCUAGCCCACCGCAACUGGUGGAAACAUGGAGGCAGCAUUAGACACCCGCUGCCCCGUGUGCCUGGACAACUGGGACAGCGCAGCAUACACCAUGCCGUGCUGCCACCAGUUCUGCUUCCCCUGCAUCCAGCGGUGGACUAGCACCAGGCCACAGUGUCCGCUUUGCAAGCAGGCUGUGGAGUCCAUCAUCCACACGGUGCAAGCGGACAACAACUACGAGGAGCUGGUCCUCAGACCAGCUGCCGCGGCGUCCGUCGCCACACAGAGCCCCGCAGGCCCCCGCGCAGCCCGGCCUUGGCCUGCAGUGCCCAGGAGUCCUCUGGGUGGCCUCUCCUCUGCCACCUGGGCUUCCCUUUUCCGGGAGCACCCGGCCCUGCUGCAGCCCCUGCGCUCCUGGCUGCAGCGGAAGCUGCGCCACAUCCUGGGCACUGAGGAGCCACACGCAAAUACGCUGGCCGACAGUGUCAUCUCGGCCCUGCGCCUCGUUGGCCUGGAGGAGGAGAUCCUGAGAGAAAGGCUGGAUCUCCACCUGCGGGGCCACACACGGAACUUCAUAAGGCAGUUCAUCGCCUUCGCUGUGCACAGGUGCGGCAGGGAGGCCCACCGCCUGCUGGGCUUCAACGUCGCCCCUGCUGCUGGGGCACGGGAUGCCGCUGCAUCAGAGCCCAGAGCUGCCCCACAAGACGAGGCUCCUGGCCCUGGCCCAGCACCCUCCAGCAGCCGCGCCAGCUCCAACACGGGGGGAAUGCCGGGCACUUCAGGAGAAGUGCUCCAUGGGAGUCCCAGCCGCCUCCAUCCCAACCCUGUGACGUCCCAUCAGGAGCCAGGACAGGCUGUGACAGGGCCCUCCGCCACCAGCCUACCUCAGCGGCCACGGCGAGCCCCAAAGAGGAAGGCCAGCGACUGCCAGGCCUCAGAGCCACCAAACAAGAGGCCACCCCGCCGGCAGGAAUAGACCAGGGGCAGGCAGAGCUGAGGGGACUGGGGCCGCGCAGCAGCUGGGACACACGACGGCCCCAGUGGACCCUUGUCAUCCGUGUCCAAUUCCACCAUGGAAAUAAAGUAGAAAGAAACACUGCAAAAAUACGUGUUGGUAUUGCUAACGGCACAGGGGGUGUUGCUUCCCCAUCCUUGACGCUCCCUCCCCUUUUUCCUGCUGCCAUGCCACUGCUGCGUUCCACACAGGAACCCCACGGGAUUCGGAGAGGGGAAGCGCAAAUUUCAGCAGCACCUGGGGGGGAACAUCCCCAGGGCGCGCUACGGCUGGGGUCAGCCAGCUGGAGCAGACCUAGGAGUCCUGCUGGACGCCAGGCUGAACCAGCAGGGAGCCCAGGACGCCCUGGCAAAUGGUGUCCUGGGCUGCACGAGGCCGGGUGCAACCGGCAGCUGAAGGGCGGUUAUCCUGUCCCUCUGCUCAGCUCAGAGGAGGCCGCAGCUCUGGACCAGAGCUGGGCUCCCCAGCGCAAGGGAGACCGGGUGUUGUCGUUCAUUUUGCAUGUCCAUAGCCCUGGGACGGCAAGCGGUCCCUGUCCCAUCUGCUCCGGGGGACUGGGCUUGGUGGGAUGUGGCGUAUCUGGAGGGGUGGAGGGCUCGCUGUGAGGAGCAGGCUUUGUUCCCAGCCUUGGAGAGGAGCCCGAUCUCCCCCCGCGUGUGACAUGUCCUCCAGUAUCUGCAUCACAAUCUGCACACGGCCUCUACAUUAUUAUGUGUGGGGUUUUUUGGGUUUUUUGUUAAUUACAAUUUGACACUGCCCCUGUGACACGCGUCAUCCGUUCCUUCCUGGCUGCCGUGGGGAGGUUAACAACAGGAACACCGGAUGAACACCCAAAAACACAUAAGGAAUUCAAGGGAGAAGCUGGAAGCCUGUUUAAAAAUCACCUUCUGUCAAAUUAGCAACUCCCCCUGGCAUGUACCUUUCCAUGUCCACGCCACGUUGCGUACCAGAUCUACCACAUAGGUAUUGCCAUCAGUGUCUUUAGUUUACCAUACAUACAUCCAGCUCCGGAGAGCAGAGUGGCAAACUUAAUAAAGGCCCAGUCCGUUCUGAGUAUAAAAAAACCUAAUUAUUUCCCAAAUAUGAUAUCGGAACGCAAGAUAACACAAUAUUACACAAUAUAAUGGGAAUUGAAGCUAAUACCUCCAAUGAGAUGAGAGAGGGAGUGUCCAAAACCAAAGGCCUUACUCUAACGCUGAAGGCAAGACCGCUAGGGAGCACACACGCACUUGCAGAGAUGAGCAGGAAAAGAAAAGGGGCUGUCUCGUGACUUCCCCUCUGAACGGAAAACAGAAAGGAAACAGCAAAGGUCUUCUGGGAGAUGCAGUUCUUCUUCGCUCCUGAGAACCCGGAUGUAGCAACAAUCCACGGAACUGCACCACUAACUCUUCAACUCCCAGUGCACUCGUCCCCCAUACAGUAAAUGAAGAAGUUGGAAGGCCUUACACAAACUGCUCAAAUCUGUUACUAAAACAGAAAGCUGCGUCAAGAAAAGCAUGGGCUGAGCUUUCAGAGUUACACCUUUAUUCGUUCAGGUAAGUAAGAGCUAGGAAGCGUACGUAACAACCCGUGUGUGGCUUCUCUGGAUGUCUUUCCCCCGUGCUACUCUUGAGAUUCACCACAACGCUUAAUUCUGAUUUGUGAGUAGAUGGGAACCUGGACUGCCUUGAAAAGAGAGUCUUCAUAACACCGUCCUGUGGGUUAGACCUGUUUCAGAUUGGGUGUACAAAACUGCAUGGAAAUCCCCGAGUGUUUUUCUGUUGUUCAGGUGACAUGGAUCCCAAGUGCAGAGUUCGAUUAUGGUCAACCAAGUGCCAGUAACAGAUGAUUGACAGGUAAGUAUGCGCCACAUACAGCAACUAAGCACUUCAAUCCUGCCUUUAAGCAACACAGCAUGAACAGUUUUUCCUUGCAACAACGAGUAUGUGCUCUUAAAGGGAAGACAUAUAUAUAAAACAUACAUGAAAAUAUAUAACGUAUAUAGAAAAAUAAUUAAUGACAAAGUAUGUUCUGUUGGUUACAGUUUCGUCAUGCUUUUAUGAUUUGUUAUCGGCCUGCCACAUCUUAGCAUCACGUAGUGCACUGGGAGUGAAAGAGUUGAUGCUGCAGUUCCCUGGACUCUGGAUAGUCCCGGUGUCCUGGUCUCAGAAGAGAAGAAGGACCUACAGCUCCUAGAAGACUUCAUUACUCUGUUUCCAUUUCUUGUUCAGAGGGAAAGAUAGAACUGACCGGCAGUCACGAGACUGCCUUUUUCUUUUCACCCGCUUACUCUGUGUGCUCCAGUGCAACUCUGAGUCCAGCCAGUUUAAAAGUGGUACUUCCCGUAACCACAACAUUGGAGGAAAGAAGGUCAGAAAAGACACUGGAAUCUGUGCCAGCAGUGGAUCUCGUGCCCACACAAGAAAGACCUGCUUCCCUUCCAUCUCUCUCCCCGUGUACAACCGUGGCUAUUGAUCAGCCCAGAGGUGGUAAACGAAUGAUUAGUGGUACCAAGGCAGGCUGAUCACAGGUCCAUACGGAAGCUGAGAAUUUGAUAGACCUGUCUUGCAGAAACAGCCCAGUGGUAUUUCCUUAAUGCUUCUCUUCUUCUUGAGAAUAACUCUUUUUCUGAAAUACAACUCUUUCCUAAGUCGGUCAUCACCUAAGACCUCAGCACUGAUGGCCAUCACCGUGACACGCAGGUACCAGUUCUAGGACGCCUGCGGUUUACUCAACAAGAACAGAAAGGAGGGGAUCAAAAACGAUGUCACCAAGCAACGCUCUUCCCCUUCACAGAAUCACUAAGGUUGGAAAAGACCUCUGAGAUCAUCAAAUCCCACUAUCAGAGAGAAACACGAGCUUUUAUUGAAUACACCUUCUUGCUGGACAUGCCUGCGGCUGUGUGCCACGGCCAGAGCGACCCGAUGGGGCCCACGGGAAGAUGUGGCCAAGGCCCCGGUGAUUGGUGUGAAACCCUGAUGCCAAGCACACGAGAUGUGGGGAAUGGAGCGGGCAGCGGCACCGGGAAAAGCCCAGAAACUCGUGCAACUUGUGCUGGCGCUGGGGCACGUGCUGCAGGUGAGGACGGCUCAUUGUGAUGACCCAGCAAUGGACUGCGGCAUCACUGCGCGAUGGGCAGCGACGUCCCCAAGUGAAGGGCGAAUAAAGGUGACGCCCAGCAGCUUGGCCAAGCCAUGCUUUGAGACAUCUCCAGGCAACGGAUUGUGAUUCCAUAGCCCACGGAUGAUGCUUCGUCGUGGGAGCAGCGGCUCAGCCCGGCAGUUCGUGCCUGGCCUCCGACCGAGCGUGUGCGCGAGGACUGGAGUGUGGACAGUGCGAGCUUUGGUGCUGGAACGUGCUCUGGGUGCUGCUAGCGCAGCUCCCAGUGGCCGUCUCAGAGCCAUUUGUUCUUUACCCCGACCCUGCUGGGAGCAGGCAGACGGGACAACCCAGAGGGACGUGUGCAGCAGCAUAGCGUGACACCUGCUGCUGUAGCGUCAGUGCCGAGGAGCGCGUUGCCAUCUCCCGCUCCCCCUAGCCCACCGCAACUGGUGGAAACAUGGAGGCAGCAUUAGACACCCGCUGCCCCGUGUGCCUGGACAACUGGGACAGCGCAGCAUACACCAUGCCGUGCUGCCACCAGUUCUGCUUCCCCUGCAUCCAGCGGUGGACUAGCACCAGGCCACAGUGUCCGCUUUGCAAGCAGGCUGUGGAGUCCAUCAUCCACACGGUGCAAGCGGACAACAACUACGAGGAGCUGGUCCUCAGACCAGCUGCCGCGGCGUCCGUCGCCACACAGAGCCCCGCAGGCCCCCGCGCAGCCCGGCCUUGGCCUGCAGUGCCCAGGAGUCCUCUGGGUGGCCUCUCCUCUGCCACCUGGGCUUCCCUUUUCCGGGAGCACCCGGCCCUGCUGCAGCCCCUGCGCUCCUGGCUGCAGCGGAAGCUGCGCCACAUCCUGGGCACUGAGGAGCCACACGCAAAUACGCUGGCCGACAGUGUCAUCUCGGCCCUGCGCCUCGUUGGCCUGGAGGAGGAGAUCCUGAGAGAAAGGCUGGAUCUCCACCUGCGGGGCCACACACGGAACUUCAUAAGGCAGUUCAUCGCCUUCGCUGUGCACAGGUGCGGCAGGGAGGCCCACCGCCUGCUGGGCUUCAACGUCGCCCCUGCUGCUGGGGCACGGGAUGCCGCUGCAUCAGAGCCCAGAGCUGCCCCACAAGACGAGGCUCCUGGCCCUGGCCCAGCACCCUCCAGCAGCCGCGCCAGCUCCAACACGGGGGGAAUGCCGGGCACUUCAGGAGAAGUGCUCCAUGGGAGUCCCAGCCGCCUCCAUCCCAACCCUGUGACGUCCCAUCAGGAGCCAGGACAGGCUGUGACAGGGCCCUCCGCCACCAGCCUACCUCAGCGGCCACGGCGAGCCCCAAAGAGGAAGGCCAGCGACUGCCAGGCCUCAGAGCCACCAAACAAGAGGCCACCCCGCCGGCAGGAAUAGACCAGGGGCAGGCAGAGCUGAGGGGACUGGGGCCGCGCAGCAGCUGGGACACACGACGGCCCCAGUGGACCCUUGUCAUCCGUGUCCAAUUCCACCAUGGAAAUAAAGUAGAAAGAAACACUGCAAAAAUACGUGUUGGUAUUGCUAACGGCACAGGGGGUGUUGCUUCCCCAUCCUUGACGCUCCCUCCCCUUUUUCCUGCUGCCAUGCCACUGCUGCGUUCCACACAGGAACCCCACGGGAUUCGGAGAGGGGAAGCGCAAAUUUCAGCAGCACCUGGGGGGGAACAUCCCCAGGGCGCGCUACGGCUGGGGUCAGCCAGCUGGAGCAGACCUAGGAGUCCUGCUGGACGCCAGGCUGAACCAGCAGGGAGCCCAGGACGCCCUGGCAAAUGGUGUCCUGGGCUGCACGAGGCCGGGUGCAACCGGCAGCUGAAGGGCGGUUAUCCUGUCCCUCUGCUCAGCUCAGAGGAGGCCGCAGCUCUGGACCAGAGCUGGGCUCCCCAGCGCAAGGGAGACCGGGUGUUGUCGUUCAUUUUGCAUGUCCAUAGCCCUGGGACGGCAAGCGGUCCCUGUCCCAUCUGCUCCGGGGGACUGGGCUUGGUGGGAUGUGGCGUAUCUGGAGGGGUGGAGGGCUCGCUGUGAGGAGCAGGCUUUGUUCCCAGCCUUGGAGAGGAGCCCGAUCUCCCCCCGCGUGUGACAUGUCCUCCAGUAUCUGCAUCACAAUCUGCACACGGCCUCUACAUUAUUAUGUGUGGGGUUUUUUGGGUUUUUUGUUAAUUACAAUUUGACACUGCCCCUGUGACACGCGUCAUCCGUUCCUUCCUGGCUGCCGUGGGGAGGUUAACAACAGGAACACCGGAUGAACACCCAAAAACACAUAAGGAAUUCAAGGGAGAAGCUGGAAGCCUGUUUAAAAAUCACCUUCUGUCAAAUUAGCAACUCCCCCUGGCAUGUACCUUUCCAUGUCCACGCCACGUUGCGUACCAGAUCUACCACAUAGGUAUUGCCAUCAGUGUCUUUAGUUUACCAUACAUACAUCCAGCUCCGGAGAGCAGAGUGGCAAACUUAAUAAAGGCCCAGUCCGUUCUGAGUAUAAAAAAACCUAAUUAUUUCCCAAAUAUGAUAUCGGAACGCAAGAUAACACAAUAUUACACAAUAUAAUGGGAAUUGAAGCUAAUACCUCCAAUGAGAUGAGAGAGGGAGUGUCCAAAACCAAAGGCCUUACUCUAACGCUGAAGGCAAGACCGCUAGGGAGCACACACGCACUUGCAGAGAUGAGCAGGAAAAGAAAAGGGGCUGUCUCGUGACUUCCCCUCUGAACGGAAAACAGAAAGGAAACAGCAAAGGUCUUCUGGGAGAUGCAGUUCUUCUUCGCUCCUGAGAACCCGGAUGUAGCAACAAUCCACGGAACUGCACCACUAACUCUUCAACUCCCAGUGCACUCGUCCCCCAUACAGUAAAUGAAGAAGUUGGAAGGCCUUACACAAACUGCUCAAAUCUGUUACUAAAACAGAAAGCUGCGUCAAGAAAAGCAUGGGCUGAGCUUUCAGAGUUACACCUUUAUUCGUUCAGGUAAGUAAGAGCUAGGAAGCGUACGUAACAACCCGUGUGUGGCUUCUCUGGAUGUCUUUCCCCCGUGCUACUCUUGAGAUUCACCACAACGCUUAAUUCUGAUUUGUGAGUAGAUGGGAACCUGGACUGCCUUGAAAAGAGAGUCUUCAUAACACCGUCCUGUGGGUUAGACCUGUUUCAGAUUGGGUGUACAAAACUGCAUGGAAAUCCCCGAGUGUUUUUCUGUUGUUCAGGUGACAUGGAUCCCAAGUGCAGAGUUCGAUUAUGGUCAACCAAGUGCCAGUAACAGAUGAUUGACAGGUAAGUAUGCGCCACAUACAGCAACUAAGCACUUCAAUCCUGCCUUUAAGCAACACAGCAUGAACAGUUUUUCCUUGCAACAACGAGUAUGUGCUCUUAAAGGGAAGACAUAUAUAUAAAACAUACAUGAAAAUAUAUAACGUAUAUAGAAAAAUAAUUAAUGACAAAGUAUGUUCUGUUGGUUACAGUUUCGUCAUGCUUUUAUGAUUUGUUAUCGGCCUGCCACAUCUUAGCAUCACGUAGUGCACUGGGAGUGAAAGAGUUGAUGCUGCAGUUCCCUGGACUCUGGAUAGUCCCGGUGUCCUGGUCUCAGAAGAGAAGAAGGACCUACAGCUCCUAGAAGACUUCAUUACUCUGUUUCCAUUUCUUGUUCAGAGGGAAAGAUAGAACUGACCGGCAGUCACGAGACUGCCUUUUUCUUUUCACCCGCUUACUCUGUGUGCUCCAGUGCAACUCUGAGUCCAGCCAGUUUAAAAGUGGUACUUCCCGUAACCACAACAUUGGAGGAAAGAAGGUCAGAAAAGACACUGGAAUCUGUGCCAGCAGUGGAUCUCGUGCCCACACAAGAAAGACCUGCUUCCCUUCCAUCUCUCUCCCCGUGUACAACCGUGGCUAUUGAUCAGCCCAGAGGUGGUAAACGAAUGAUUAGUGGUACCAAGGCAGGCUGAUCACAGGUCCAUACGGAAGCUGAGAAUUUGAUAGACCUGUCUUGCAGAAACAGCCCAGUGGUAUUUCCUUAAUGCUUCUCUUCUUCUUGAGAAUAACUCUUUUUCUGAAAUACAACUCUUUCCUAAGUCGGUCAUCACCUAAGACCUCAGCACUGAUGGCCAUCACCGUGACACGCAGGUACCAGUUCUAGGACGCCUGCGGUUUACUCAACAAGAACAGAAAGGAGGGGAUCAAAAACGAUGUCACCAAGCAACGCUCUUCCCCUUCACAGAAUCACUAAGGUUGGAAAAGACCUCUGAGAUCAUCAAAUCCCACUAUCAGAGAGAAACACGAGCUUUUAUUGAAUACACCUUCUUGCUGGACAUGCCUGCGGCUGUGUGCCACGGCCAGAGCGACCCGAUGGGGCCCACGGGAAGAUGUGGCCAAGGCCCCGGUGAUUGGUGUGAAACCCUGAUGCCAAGCACACGAGAUGUGGGGAAUGGAGCGGGCAGCGGCACCGGGAAAAGCCCAGAAACUCGUGCAACUUGUGCUGGCGCUGGGGCACGUGCUGCAGGUGAGGACGGCUCAUUGUGAUGACCCAGCAAUGGACUGCGGCAUCACUGCGCGAUGGGCAGCGACGUCCCCAAGUGAAGGGCGAAUAAAGGUGACGCCCAGCAGCUUGGCCAAGCCAUGCUUUGAGACAUCUCCAGGCAACGGAUUGUGAUUCCAUAGCCCACGGAUGAUGCUUCGUCGUGGGAGCAGCGGCUCAGCCCGGCAGUUCGUGCCUGGCCUCCGACCGAGCGUGUGCGCGAGGACUGGAGUGUGGACAGUGCGAGCUUUGGUGCUGGAACGUGCUCUGGGUGCUGCUAGCGCAGCUCCCAGUGGCCGUCUCAGAGCCAUUUGUUCUUUACCCCGACCCUGCUGGGAGCAGGCAGACGGGACAACCCAGAGGGACGUGUGCAGCAGCAUAGCGUGACACCUGCUGCUGUAGCGUCAGUGCCGAGGAGCGCGUUGCCAUCUCCCGCUCCCCCUAGCCCACCGCAACUGGUGGAAACAUGGAGGCAGCAUUAGACACCCGCUGCCCCGUGUGCCUGGACAACUGGGACAGCGCAGCAUACACCAUGCCGUGCUGCCACCAGUUCUGCUUCCCCUGCAUCCAGCGGUGGACUAGCACCAGGCCACAGUGUCCGCUUUGCAAGCAGGCUGUGGAGUCCAUCAUCCACACGGUGCAAGCGGACAACAACUACGAGGAGCUGGUCCUCAGACCAGCUGCCGCGGCGUCCGUCGCCACACAGAGCCCCGCAGGCCCCCGCGCAGCCCGGCCUUGGCCUGCAGUGCCCAGGAGUCCUCUGGGUGGCCUCUCCUCUGCCACCUGGGCUUCCCUUUUCCGGGAGCACCCGGCCCUGCUGCAGCCCCUGCGCUCCUGGCUGCAGCGGAAGCUGCGCCACAUCCUGGGCACUGAGGAGCCACACGCAAAUACGCUGGCCGACAGUGUCAUCUCGGCCCUGCGCCUCGUUGGCCUGGAGGAGGAGAUCCUGAGAGAAAGGCUGGAUCUCCACCUGCGGGGCCACACACGGAACUUCAUAAGGCAGUUCAUCGCCUUCGCUGUGCACAGGUGCGGCAGGGAGGCCCACCGCCUGCUGGGCUUCAACGUCGCCCCUGCUGCUGGGGCACGGGAUGCCGCUGCAUCAGAGCCCAGAGCUGCCCCACAAGACGAGGCUCCUGGCCCUGGCCCAGCACCCUCCAGCAGCCGCGCCAGCUCCAACACGGGGGGAAUGCCGGGCACUUCAGGAGAAGUGCUCCAUGGGAGUCCCAGCCGCCUCCAUCCCAACCCUGUGACGUCCCAUCAGGAGCCAGGACAGGCUGUGACAGGGCCCUCCGCCACCAGCCUACCUCAGCGGCCACGGCGAGCCCCAAAGAGGAAGGCCAGCGACUGCCAGGCCUCAGAGCCACCAAACAAGAGGCCACCCCGCCGGCAGGAAUAGACCAGGGGCAGGCAGAGCUGAGGGGACUGGGGCCGCGCAGCAGCUGGGACACACGACGGCCCCAGUGGACCCUUGUCAUCCGUGUCCAAUUCCACCAUGGAAAUAAAGUAGAAAGAAACACUGCAAAAAUACGUGUUGGUAUUGCUAACGGCACAGGGGGUGUUGCUUCCCCAUCCUUGACGCUCCCUCCCCUUUUUCCUGCUGCCAUGCCACUGCUGCGUUCCACACAGGAACCCCACGGGAUUCGGAGAGGGGAAGCGCAAAUUUCAGCAGCACCUGGGGGGGAACAUCCCCAGGGCGCGCUACGGCUGGGGUCAGCCAGCUGGAGCAGACCUAGGAGUCCUGCUGGACGCCAGGCUGAACCAGCAGGGAGCCCAGGACGCCCUGGCAAAUGGUGUCCUGGGCUGCACGAGGCCGGGUGCAACCGGCAGCUGAAGGGCGGUUAUCCUGUCCCUCUGCUCAGCUCAGAGGAGGCCGCAGCUCUGGACCAGAGCUGGGCUCCCCAGCGCAAGGGAGACCGGGUGUUGUCGUUCAUUUUGCAUGUCCAUAGCCCUGGGACGGCAAGCGGUCCCUGUCCCAUCUGCUCCGGGGGACUGGGCUUGGUGGGAUGUGGCGUAUCUGGAGGGGUGGAGGGCUCGCUGUGAGGAGCAGGCUUUGUUCCCAGCCUUGGAGAGGAGCCCGAUCUCCCCCCGCGUGUGACAUGUCCUCCAGUAUCUGCAUCACAAUCUGCACACGGCCUCUACAUUAUUAUGUGUGGGGUUUUUUGGGUUUUUUGUUAAUUACAAUUUGACACUGCCCCUGUGACACGCGUCAUCCGUUCCUUCCUGGCUGCCGUGGGGAGGUUAACAACAGGAACACCGGAUGAACACCCAAAAACACAUAAGGAAUUCAAGGGAGAAGCUGGAAGCCUGUUUAAAAAUCACCUUCUGUCAAAUUAGCAACUCCCCCUGGCAUGUACCUUUCCAUGUCCACGCCACGUUGCGUACCAGAUCUACCACAUAGGUAUUGCCAUCAGUGUCUUUAGUUUACCAUACAUACAUCCAGCUCCGGAGAGCAGAGUGGCAAACUUAAUAAAGGCCCAGUCCGUUCUGAGUAUAAAAAAACCUAAUUAUUUCCCAAAUAUGAUAUCGGAACGCAAGAUAACACAAUAUUACACAAUAUAAUGGGAAUUGAAGCUAAUACCUCCAAUGAGAUGAGAGAGGGAGUGUCCAAAACCAAAGGCCUUACUCUAACGCUGAAGGCAAGACCGCUAGGGAGCACACACGCACUUGCAGAGAUGAGCAGGAAAAGAAAAGGGGCUGUCUCGUGACUUCCCCUCUGAACGGAAAACAGAAAGGAAACAGCAAAGGUCUUCUGGGAGAUGCAGUUCUUCUUCGCUCCUGAGAACCCGGAUGUAGCAACAAUCCACGGAACUGCACCACUAACUCUUCAACUCCCAGUGCACUCGUCCCCCAUACAGUAAAUGAAGAAGUUGGAAGGCCUUACACAAACUGCUCAAAUCUGUUACUAAAACAGAAAGCUGCGUCAAGAAAAGCAUGGGCUGAGCUUUCAGAGUUACACCUUUAUUCGUUCAGGUAAGUAAGAGCUAGGAAGCGUACGUAACAACCCGUGUGUGGCUUCUCUGGAUGUCUUUCCCCCGUGCUACUCUUGAGAUUCACCACAACGCUUAAUUCUGAUUUGUGAGUAGAUGGGAACCUGGACUGCCUUGAAAAGAGAGUCUUCAUAACACCGUCCUGUGGGUUAGACCUGUUUCAGAUUGGGUGUACAAAACUGCAUGGAAAUCCCCGAGUGUUUUUCUGUUGUUCAGGUGACAUGGAUCCCAAGUGCAGAGUUCGAUUAUGGUCAACCAAGUGCCAGUAACAGAUGAUUGACAGGUAAGUAUGCGCCACAUACAGCAACUAAGCACUUCAAUCCUGCCUUUAAGCAACACAGCAUGAACAGUUUUUCCUUGCAACAACGAGUAUGUGCUCUUAAAGGGAAGACAUAUAUAUAAAACAUACAUGAAAAUAUAUAACGUAUAUAGAAAAAUAAUUAAUGACAAAGUAUGUUCUGUUGGUUACAGUUUCGUCAUGCUUUUAUGAUUUGUUAUCGGCCUGCCACAUCUUAGCAUCACGUAGUGCACUGGGAGUGAAAGAGUUGAUGCUGCAGUUCCCUGGACUCUGGAUAGUCCCGGUGUCCUGGUCUCAGAAGAGAAGAAGGACCUACAGCUCCUAGAAGACUUCAUUACUCUGUUUCCAUUUCUUGUUCAGAGGGAAAGAUAGAACUGACCGGCAGUCACGAGACUGCCUUUUUCUUUUCACCCGCUUACUCUGUGUGCUCCAGUGCAACUCUGAGUCCAGCCAGUUUAAAAGUGGUACUUCCCGUAACCACAACAUUGGAGGAAAGAAGGUCAGAAAAGACACUGGAAUCUGUGCCAGCAGUGGAUCUCGUGCCCACACAAGAAAGACCUGCUUCCCUUCCAUCUCUCUCCCCGUGUACAACCGUGGCUAUUGAUCAGCCCAGAGGUGGUAAACGAAUGAUUAGUGGUACCAAGGCAGGCUGAUCACAGGUCCAUACGGAAGCUGAGAAUUUGAUAGACCUGUCUUGCAGAAACAGCCCAGUGGUAUUUCCUUAAUGCUUCUCUUCUUCUUGAGAAUAACUCUUUUUCUGAAAUACAACUCUUUCCUAAGUCGGUCAUCACCUAAGACCUCAGCACUGAUGGCCAUCACCGUGACACGCAGGUACCAGUUCUAGGACGCCUGCGGUUUACUCAACAAGAACAGAAAGGAGGGGAUCAAAAACGAUGUCACCAAGCAACGCUCUUCCCCUUCACAGAAUCACUAAGGUUGGAAAAGACCUCUGAGAUCAUCAAAUCCCACUAUCAGAGAGAAACACGAGCUUUUAUUGAAUACACCUUCUUGCUGGACAUGCCUGCGGCUGUGUGCCACGGCCAGAGCGACCCGAUGGGGCCCACGGGAAGAUGUGGCCAAGGCCCCGGUGAUUGGUGUGAAACCCUGAUGCCAAGCACACGAGAUGUGGGGAAUGGAGCGGGCAGCGGCACCGGGAAAAGCCCAGAAACUCGUGCAACUUGUGCUGGCGCUGGGGCACGUGCUGCAGGUGAGGACGGCUCAUUGUGAUGACCCAGCAAUGGACUGCGGCAUCACUGCGCGAUGGGCAGCGACGUCCCCAAGUGAAGGGCGAAUAAAGGUGACGCCCAGCAGCUUGGCCAAGCCAUGCUUUGAGACAUCUCCAGGCAACGGAUUGUGAUUCCAUAGCCCACGGAUGAUGCUUCGUCGUGGGAGCAGCGGCUCAGCCCGGCAGUUCGUGCCUGGCCUCCGACCGAGCGUGUGCGCGAGGACUGGAGUGUGGACAGUGCGAGCUUUGGUGCUGGAACGUGCUCUGGGUGCUGCUAGCGCAGCUCCCAGUGGCCGUCUCAGAGCCAUUUGUUCUUUACCCCGACCCUGCUGGGAGCAGGCAGACGGGACAACCCAGAGGGACGUGUGCAGCAGCAUAGCGUGACACCUGCUGCUGUAGCGUCAGUGCCGAGGAGCGCGUUGCCAUCUCCCGCUCCCCCUAGCCCACCGCAACUGGUGGAAACAUGGAGGCAGCAUUAGACACCCGCUGCCCCGUGUGCCUGGACAACUGGGACAGCGCAGCAUACACCAUGCCGUGCUGCCACCAGUUCUGCUUCCCCUGCAUCCAGCGGUGGACUAGCACCAGGCCACAGUGUCCGCUUUGCAAGCAGGCUGUGGAGUCCAUCAUCCACACGGUGCAAGCGGACAACAACUACGAGGAGCUGGUCCUCAGACCAGCUGCCGCGGCGUCCGUCGCCACACAGAGCCCCGCAGGCCCCCGCGCAGCCCGGCCUUGGCCUGCAGUGCCCAGGAGUCCUCUGGGUGGCCUCUCCUCUGCCACCUGGGCUUCCCUUUUCCGGGAGCACCCGGCCCUGGUGCAGCCCCUGCGCUCCUGGCUGCAGCGGAAGCUGCGCCACAUCCUGGGCACUGAGGAGCCACACGCAAAUACGCUGGCCGACAGUGUCAUCUCGGCCCUGCGCCUCGUUGGCCUGGAGGAGGAGAUCCUGAGAGAAAGGCUGGAUCUCCACCUGCGGGGCCACACACGGAACUUCAUAAGGCAGUUCAUCGCCUUCGCUGUGCACAGGUGCGGCAGGGAGGCCCACCGCCUGCUGGGCUUCAACGUCGCCCCUGCUGCUGGGGCACGGGAUGCCGCUGCAUCAGAGCCCAGAGCUGCCCCACAAGACGAGGCUCCUGGCCCUGGCCCAGCACCCUCCAGCAGCCGCGCCAGCUCCAACACGGGGGGAAUGCCGGGCACUUCAGGAGAAGUGCUCCAUGGGAGUCCCAGCCGCCUCCAUCCCAACCCUGUGACGUCCCAUCAGGAGCCAGGACAGGCUGUGACAGGGCCCUCCGCCACCAGCCUACCUCAGCGGCCACGGCGAGCCCCAAAGAGGAAGGCCAGCGACUGCCAGGCCUCAGAGCCACCAAACAAGAGGCCACCCCGCCGGCAGGAAUAGACCAGGGGCAGGCAGAGCUGAGGGGACUGGGGCCGCGCAGCAGCUGGGACACACGACGGCCCCAGUGGACCCUUGUCAUCCGUGUCCAAUUCCACCAUGGAAAUAAAGUAGAAAGAAACACUGCAAAAAUACGUGUUGGUAUUGCUAACGGCACAGGGGGUGUUGCUUCCCCAUCCUUGACGCUCCCUCCCCUUUUUCCUGCUGCCAUGCCACUGCUGCGUUCCACACAGGAACCCCACGGGAUUCGGAGAGGGGAAGCGCAAAUUUCAGCAGCACCUGGGGGGGAACAUCCCCAGGGCGCGCUACGGCUGGGGUCAGCCAGCUGGAGCAGACCUAGGAGUCCUGCUGGACGCCAGGCUGAACCAGCAGGGAGCCCAGGACGCCCUGGCAAAUGGUGUCCUGGGCUGCACGAGGCCGGGUGCAACCGGCAGCUGAAGGGCGGUUAUCCUGUCCCUCUGCUCAGCUCAGAGGAGGCCGCAGCUCUGGACCAGAGCUGGGCUCCCCAGCGCAAGGGAGACCGGGUGUUGUCGUUCAUUUUGCAUGUCCAUAGCCCUGGGACGGCAAGCGGUCCCUGUCCCAUCUGCUCCGGGGGACUGGGCUUGGUGGGAUGUGGCGUAUCUGGAGGGGUGGAGGGCUCGCUGUGAGGAGCAGGCUUUGUUCCCAGCCUUGGAGAGGAGCCCGAUCUCCCCCCGCGUGUGACAUGUCCUCCAGUAUCUGCAUCACAAUCUGCACACGGCCUCUACAUUAUUAUGUGUGGGGUUUUUUGGGUUUUUUGUUAAUUACAAUUUGACACUGCCCCUGUGACACGCGUCAUCCGUUCCUUCCUGGCUGCCGUGGGGAGGUUAACAACAGGAACACCGGAUGAACACCCAAAAACACAUAAGGAAUUCAAGGGAGAAGCUGGAAGCCUGUUUAAAAAUCACCUUCUGUCAAAUUAGCAACUCCCCCUGGCAUGUACCUUUCCAUGUCCACGCCACGUUGCGUACCAGAUCUACCACAUAGGUAUUGCCAUCAGUGUCUUUAGUUUACCAUACAUACAUCCAGCUCCGGAGAGCAGAGUGGCAAACUUAAUAAAGGCCCAGUCCGUUCUGAGUAUAAAAAAACCUAAUUAUUUCCCAAAUAUGAUAUCGGAACGCAAGAUAACACAAUAUUACACAAUAUAAUGGGAAUUGAAGCUAAUACCUCCAAUGAGAUGAGAGAGGGAGUGUCCAAAACCAAAGGCCUUACUCUAACGCUGAAGGCAAGACCGCUAGGGAGCACACACGCACUUGCAGAGAUGAGCAGGAAAAGAAAAGGGGCUGUCUCGUGACUUCCCCUCUGAACGGAAAACAGAAAGGAAACAGCAAAGGUCUUCUGGGAGAUGCAGUUCUUCUUCGCUCCUGAGAACCCGGAUGUAGCAACAAUCCACGGAACUGCACCACUAACUCUUCAACUCCCAGUGCACUCGUCCCCCAUACAGUAAAUGAAGAAGUUGGAAGGCCUUACACAAACUGCUCAAAUCUGUUACUAAAACAGAAAGCUGCGUCAAGAAAAGCAUGGGCUGAGCUUUCAGAGUUACACCUUUAUUCGUUCAGGUAAGUAAGAGCUAGGAAGCGUACGUAACAACCCGUGUGUGGCUUCUCUGGAUGUCUUUCCCCCGUGCUACUCUUGAGAUUCACCACAACGCUUAAUUCUGAUUUGUGAGUAGAUGGGAACCUGGACUGCCUUGAAAAGAGAGUCUUCAUAACACCGUCCUGUGGGUUAGACCUGUUUCAGAUUGGGUGUACAAAACUGCAUGGAAAUCCCCGAGUGUUUUUCUGUUGUUCAGGUGACAUGGAUCCCAAGUGCAGAGUUCGAUUAUGGUCAACCAAGUGCCAGUAACAGAUGAUUGACAGGUAAGUAUGCGCCACAUACAGCAACUAAGCACUUCAAUCCUGCCUUUAAGCAACACAGCAUGAACAGUUUUUCCUUGCAACAACGAGUAUGUGCUCUUAAAGGGAAGACAUAUAUAUAAAACAUACAUGAAAAUAUAUAACGUAUAUAGAAAAAUAAUUAAUGACAAAGUAUGUUCUGUUGGUUACAGUUUCGUCAUGCUUUUAUGAUUUGUUAUCGGCCUGCCACAUCUUAGCAUCACGUAGUGCACUGGGAGUGAAAGAGUUGAUGCUGCAGUUCCCUGGACUCUGGAUAGUCCCGGUGUCCUGGUCUCAGAAGAGAAGAAGGACCUACAGCUCCUAGAAGACUUCAUUACUCUGUUUCCAUUUCUUGUUCAGAGGGAAAGAUAGAACUGACCGGCAGUCACGAGACUGCCUUUUUCUUUUCACCCGCUUACUCUGUGUGCUCCAGUGCAACUCUGAGUCCAGCCAGUUUAAAAGUGGUACUUCCCGUAACCACAACAUUGGAGGAAAGAAGGUCAGAAAAGACACUGGAAUCUGUGCCAGCAGUGGAUCUCGUGCCCACACAAGAAAGACCUGCUUCCCUUCCAUCUCUCUCCCCGUGUACAACCGUGGCUAUUGAUCAGCCCAGAGGUGGUAAACGAAUGAUUAGUGGUACCAAGGCAGGCUGAUCACAGGUCCAUACGGAAGCUGAGAAUUUGAUAGACCUGUCUUGCAGAAACAGCCCAGUGGUAUUUCCUUAAUGCUUCUCUUCUUCUUGAGAAUAACUCUUUUUCUGAAAUACAACUCUUUCCUAAGUCGGUCAUCACCUAAGACCUCAGCACUGAUGGCCAUCACCGUGACACGCAGGUACCAGUUCUAGGACGCCUGCGGUUUACUCAACAAGAACAGAAAGGAGGGGAUCAAAAACGAUGUCACCAAGCAACGCUCUUCCCCUUCACAGAAUCACUAAGGUUGGAAAAGACCUCUGAGAUCAUCAAAUCCCACUAUCAGAGAGAAACACGAGCUUUUAUUGAAUACACCUUCUUGCUGGACAUGCCUGCGGCUGUGUGCCACGGCCAGAGCGACCCGAUGGGGCCCACGGGAAGAUGUGGCCAAGGCCCCGGUGAUUGGUGUGAAACCCUGAUGCCAAGCACACGAGAUGUGGGGAAUGGAGCGGGCAGCGGCACCGGGAAAAGCCCAGAAACUCGUGCAACUUGUGCUGGCGCUGGGGCACGUGCUGCAGGUGAGGACGGCUCAUUGUGAUGACCCAGCAAUGGACUGCGGCAUCACUGCGCGAUGGGCAGCGACGUCCCCAAGUGAAGGGCGAAUAAAGGUGACGCCCAGCAGCUUGGCCAAGCCAUGCUUUGAGACAUCUCCAGGCAACGGAUUGUGAUUCCAUAGCCCACGGAUGAUGCUUCGUCGUGGGAGCAGCGGCUCAGCCCGGCAGUUCG